UGCCAUUGGCUGCGUCACGGAAGGGGCGGGGAUUUCCACCGGGGUGAUGGGGAUGAAGAAGAAAGCGCGUGUGCGAGAAGUAGCGCUGAUCUCGCGAUACUUCGCGUGUGGAGCUGGUAGGGACAGGAUCCAUCCCCCUGCACUCUGGUUAUCCCUGGUCCGGGUAUGAGGGGCUUUCCUGCUCUGCCAUCACGCCCUGCAGGAUGGUUUAGGCGGCUCCUGCAGAAGCCCAGGCAGAGCUCCAUCCACACAUCGAGCAGCUCUCAUAGCACUGCCAGCCACUCACUUCCAUCCUCACCCUCCUCCUCCUCCUCUUCCUCUGCUUGGAACUCCAACUCCUCCAGCAGCACCAGCACAGCUCAGCCUGACUGCCCAGCCCCAGUGGAUAUCAUCAGCUCAAGUGACGCACGCUGGGUGAAGAGAUACGAUGUGUGCAUCUGUCAUAGUGAGGUGGACCUGGAGUUUGUGGAGGAGCUGGUGUCCUACCUGGAGAGCCAGCCCCAGAGCCUGCGCUGCUUCCUGCAGCUGCGGGACAGCGUGGCAGGCGGUGCUGUGGUGACAGAGCUGUGUGAGGCUGUGCAGAACAGCCACUGCUGGGUGAUGCUCAUCACCCCCAGCUUCCUGCAGGACCCCUGGUGCAGGUACCAGAUGCACCAGGCUCUAGCAGAGGCCCCGAUGGCCGGCGGGCGAACCAUCCCUGUGCUGAAGGACAUUGACAGGAAGGAUUACCCCAAGGAGCUGAGGAACCUCUACUACAUCUACACGGCUCUCAAGGAGAACUGCUUCAGGAGGAUCAGGGACACUGUGCUGCGCUACCUGGAAGAGCUGUGCCGGAGCUCCACGAGUGGGAUGGAGUAGUGUCAACUGAGGGCACUUGUGUCUGACCACAACUAGAGGCGUUUCCAUGGGCAUUACAGAGCAAUGGGACCAAGUGGGGCCAGACCCGAAGACCUCUCACAUCUGUGCUGGGCUGCCCUCAGCUCUGCUGGCCUGAGGGUUAGUGCUCUAUGGGGACGAUGCUGGGGACGAUGCAGGUCAUGCCAACACUAAGUUACCACCGGGGGAAGCACAGGGAGGGCUCACAAAGGUGAGGAUGCUGGGGGUGCCUCCUGUGCAAGCUGACAGCACGAUGAGCCUGCGGCUGGACUGUUUGUUGUGUCGGGACGUUGUGUUGCACAUUGAACAGAAAUGCACAAGUCUUAUUUUCGA